ACGUCACCCAACCUCUCGUCCUCUUCCUCUCAAUAAUAUAAUCCCCUUCAUCCAUCCAUUCCAUAUCCUUAGCUUCCAUUCCAUCCAUCAUAUCGCGCCCAUGGAUCAUCGUCAGCCGCCGCCGAAUAAGACGGCGGAGCUUGACCCCGUGCUGCACUCCAUCGGCUUCCAGAUCGAGGAGGUGUCGCCGUCGCAGGUCACCGGCCGGCUCCCCGUCACACCCAGGUGCUGCCAGCCGUUCCAGGUGCUCCACGGCGGCGUGUCGGCGCUGGUGGCGGAGGGCCUGGCCAGCAUGGGCGCGCACAUGGCGUCGGGCUUCCGCCGGGUUGCCGGCGUCAGCCUCACCAUCAACCACUUCCGCAGCGCCAAGGUGGGAGACGUCGUCCUCGUCCGCGCCGCCCCGCUCCACGUCGGCCGUUCGACGCAGGUGUGGGACGUGAAGCUAUGGAAGGAGGAUCAGCAGGGGAAGAAGGGGAGUCAGAUAUCCGAGUCAAGGGUGACGCUGCUAUGCAACCUGCCCGUGCCGGACAUCCUCAAGCACGCUGGCGAUGCACUCAAGAAGUAUGCCGACGCCCCCGCCGCCCAAAAACCCACCGCCACCAGCAGAUUGUAGAUAUAUAGUUAAGUUAUUAGUAGAGUGAUAUGCAGAGAUUUAUUUAUUUUAAUACAUAACGAUAUAAACACUCAUUACUCAUACAUGUAUAUCUAGUAUACAAUUGUACACCUACAUGAACUAUUACUUGUGUGUUGGUGUGCUCUUCAUCUC